UACUGACUUCUGAUUUCUUCUAAGGCAAGUGUAUAGGUAAUUUUUAUUCCCUGAUUAGGAGAAAAAUGGUGGAAGAGGGCAGGGUUAAGAAUUAAGAUUUCAAGAGCGUGAGAGGUAGAUGGCCAACCAGAGUUCCUAAGGUUCGGUGCCUGUAACUGUUACCGCCGCUUAAGCCUGCCAAAGCAGUGGUACGGCUGCUGCCCUCGUAUUUGCUACCUCUAGAAACAUUCUUGCCAGUAGUGGCGGCAGCGGGACUCAGUUACCCCCUUUUCUCACUCUCUCCAGAAGCUCCAGAUGGUGUCUUCUGUGGGCAACGUGGCCGACAGCACAGAACCAACGAAACGUAUGCUUUCCUUCCAAGGGUUAGCUGAGUUGGUACAUCGAGAGUAUCAGGCAGGAGAUUUUGAGGCAGCUGAGAGACACUGCAUGCAGCUGUGGAGACAAGAGCCAGACAAUACUGGAGUACUUUUAUUACUUUCAUCUCUACACUUCCAGUGUCGAAGGCUGGACAGAUCUGCCCACUUUAGUACUCUGGCAAUUAAACAGAACCCUCUUCUGGCAGAAGCCUAUUCGAAUUUGGGGAAUGUGUACAAGGAAAGAGGGCAGUUGCAGGAAGCAAUUGAGCAUUACCGGCAUGCAUUGCAUCUCAAACCAGAUUUCAUCGAUGGUUAUAUUAACCUGGCAGCCGCUUUGGUAGCAGCAGGCGACAUGGAAGGGGCAGUACAAGCUUACGUCUCUGCUCUUCAGUGCAAUCCUGAUUUGUACUGUGUUCGCAGUGACCUGGGGAACCUGCUCAAAGCCCUGGGUCGCUUGGAAGGAGCCAAGGCAUGUUAUUUGAAAGCAAUGGAGACGCAACCGAACUUUGCAGUAGCUUGGAGUAAUCUUGGCUGUGUUUUCAAUGCACAAGGGGAGAUUUGGCUUGCAAUUCAUCACUUUGAAAAGGCUGUCACGCUUGACCCCAAUUUUCUGGAUGCUUAUAUCAAUUUAGGAAAUGUCUUGAAAGAGGCACGGAUUUUUGACAGAGCUGUGGCAGCUUACCUUUGUGCCCUAAGCUUGAGCCCAAAUCAUGCAGUGGUACAUGCCAACCUGGCUUGUGUAUACUAUGAGCAAGGCCUGAUAGAUCUGGCAAUAGACACCUACAGGCGAGCUAUUGAAUUGCAACCACAUUUCCCUGAUGCUUACUGCUACCUAGCCAAGGCUCUGGAAGAGAAGGGCAGUGUUGCCGAAGCAGAAGAGUGUUAUAAUACAGCUCUGCGGCUGUGUCCCACCCAUGCAGACUCUCUGAAUGACCUAGCCAAUAUCAAAGGAGACCAGGGAAACUUUGAAGAGGCAGUUCGCUUGUAUUGUAAAGCAUUAGAAGUCUUCCCAGAGUUUGCUGUUGCCCAUUCAAAUUUAGCAAGUGUAUUGCAGCAGCAGGGAAAACUGCAGGAAGCUCUGAUGCAUUAUAAGGAGGCUGUUCGAAUCAGUCCUACCUUUGCUGAUGCCUACUGUAACAUGGGAGACAUUCUAAAGGAGAUGCAGGAUGUUCAGGGAGGCUUGCAGUGUUAUACUCGUGCCAUUCAGAUUAACCCUGCACUUGCGGAUGCCCACAGCAAUCUGGCUUCCAUUCACAAGUAUUCAGGGAAUAUUCCAGAAGCAAUUGCUUCUUAUCGCACUGCUCUGAAGCUUGAACCUGAUUUUCCUGACGCUUAUUGUGAUUUGGCUCAUUGCCUGCAGAUUGUCUGUGAUUGGACAGACUAUGAUGAGCGAAUGAAGAAGUUGGUCAGCAUUGUGGCUGACCAGCUGGAGAGGAAUCGGUUGCCUUCUGUGCAGCCUCAUCAUAGUAUGCUCUAUCCUCUUUCUCAUGGCUUCAGGAAGGCUAUUGCUGAGAGCCAUGGGAACCUCUGCUUGGAUGAGAUCGGUGUCCUUCAUAAACCACCGUACGAACAUCCAAAAGACUUGAAGCUCAGUGAUGGUCGACUGCGUGUAGGAUACGUGAGUUCUGACUUUGGGAAUCAUCCUACUUCUCAUCUUAUGCAGUCUAUUCCAGGCAUGCACAAUCCUGAUAAAUUUGAGGUAUUCUGUUAUGCCCUGAGCCCAGAUGAUGGCACAAACUUCCGAGCGAAGGUGAUGGCAGAAGCCCAUCAUUUCAUUGAUCUUUCUCAGAUUCCAUGCAAUGGGAAAGCAGCUGAUCGCAUCCAUCAAGAUGGUAUACACAUCCUUGUAAAUAUGAAUGGUUAUACCAGGGGUGCUCGAAAUGAACUCUUUGCUCUCAGGCCAGCUCCUAUUCAGGCAAUGUGGCUGGGCUACCCUGGGACCAGUGGCGUGCUUUUCAUGGAUUAUAUCAUCACUGAUCAGGAAACUUCACCUGCUGAAGUUGCUGAGCAGUAUUCUGAGAAACUGGCUUAUAUGCCCCAUACUUUCUUUAUUGGCGAUCAUGCUAAUAUGUUCCCUCACCUGAAGAAGAAGGCAGUCAUCGAUUUUCAGUCCAAAGGGCACAUUUAUGACAAUCGGAUUGUGCUGAAUGGCAUCGACCUCAAAGCAUUUCUUGAUAGUCUCCCAGAUGUGCAGAUUGUCAAGAUGAAAUGUCCUGAUGGAGGAGACAACGCAGACAGCAGUAAUACGGCUCUUAAUAUGCCUGUCAUUCCUAUGAAUACUAUUGCAGAGGCAGUUAUUGAAAUGAUUAACAGAAGACAAAUUCAGAUAACAAUUAAUGGAUUCAGUCUUAGCAAUGGACUGGCAACUACCCAGAUCAACAUUAAGGCUGCCACUGGAGAGGAGGUUCCCCGUACCAUUAUUGUAACCACACGUUCUCAGUACGGGUUACCGGAAGAUGCCAUUGUGUACUGUAACUUCAAUCAGUUAUAUAAAAUUGACCCAUCUACUUUGCAGAUGUGGGCAAAUAUUCUGAAGCGUGUUCCCAAUAGUGUACUGUGGCUGUUGCGUUUUCCAGCAGUAGGAGAACCUAAUAUUCAACAGUAUGCACAAAAUAUGGGCCUUCCCCAGAACCGUAUCAUUUUUUCACCUGUUGCUCCUAAAGAGGAACAUGUUCGGAGAGGCCAGCUGGCUGAUGUCUGCUUGGACACGCCACUCUGUAAUGGACACACCACAGGGAUGGAUAUCCUUUGGUCAGGGACACCCGUGGUGACUAUGCCAGGAGAGACUCUUGCUUCCCGAGUUGCAGCUUCCCAGCUCACUUGUUUAGGCUGUCUUGAGCUUAUUGCUCAAAAUAGACAAGAAUAUGAAGACAUAGCUGUGAAAGUGGGAACUGAUCUAGAAUACCUGAAGAAAAUUCGUGGCAAAGUCUGGAAGCAGAGAACAUCUAGCCCUCUGUUCAACACCAAACAAUACACGAUGGACCUAGAGAGGCUCUAUCUACAGAUGUGGGUGCAUUACGCAGCUGGCAACAAACCUGAUCACAUGAUUAAGCCUGUUGAAGUCACUGAGUCGGCCUAAAUAAUGACUGUGUGCACAGGAGAAUUACCCUGUACCUGAGCCUCAACCUUCUGGGGGAAAGGGAACUACUUUUUCCUUAUCUGUACAAUACCAUGCUGCAGAUGGGUGACAGACAAUGAUAAGAAAUAGCACAGCCAGACUUGCUUCCUACAUGAUCAUGAUCAUGAUAGGGAGAGACACAAGAGAUGGGAAACUGCUGUUCCACAAGGAGUCUCCAUAGAAUUUUGCAGCAGCCAGGUGUCUGGAAGGUCUGGAAGCUUAUUCGUUCCCACGAUGGUCCUGUUGCAGGUCUGUAUAUCCGUGCUCAUUCUAACUUGCCUGGUCCAUUGACUAAACUUAAUGCGACUGCAGAUGUUUUAACUCGAUCUAAACGUGAUCUUUAUCCUGUACAUUUUCCUCCCAAGAAUAGAGUUGAAGUUACUCCUCCUCCUCAAUCUCUUUUCCCUAAAGCAGGACAGGUCCCAAUUUACCGUACUCCUCCUUUCCGUUCGUCAUGCUGUCAAGAAUGGCUAAUGUACUGCAUUCAUUAUCUUCAUACUCUUGAUACUCAUGGUCCAUGUCCUGGACACCCUCAUAUUAUGGGGGAAGGUUGGUGGCUGAGCCAAGAUUGGCCUCUCAAUCUCCGGAGGUCCUCUGGAAAGAUCCGUUAACCAGCACUUGGCGUGGUCCUGAUCCUGUGUUGAUUUGGGGACGUGGUCACGUGUGUAUCUUUCCCAGAUCAGUGCCUGGACCUUGCUGGCUUCCUGAGCGCUUAGUCAAGCAAAUAGAUGGCUCGCCACAGCUCACCUAGUUCAGAAGAUGAAGAAGCUCUGCACCUCUCCGGAAAAUUUGACAGUGUUGAUUCAGAAAAAGAAGAAGAAGAGGAGAGCACUUGCCAGGACGACUCAAAGGAGUGAUGUUCCAACUUGGGGACAAAUUAAACAACUGGUUUCAUGAGCUCAAGAGUCAGUGAAACAACAGAAUAAUCCUGUUACACCUGUAACUUUAUUUUUGGUUAUGUUGGCAACCAUUUCAUGUGUUCCCUCUGUUAAUGCAGCAACUUACUGGGCCUAUGUACCUGAUCCUCCACUAUUACAACCCAUAUCUUGGUCUGAAGCAGAGUUUCCUGUAUUUUACAAUGAUAAGUGUUUAUGGGCCUCUUAUUGGGAAUAUAAAAGAAAUCAAUAUGUCUGUAAAUUAUACUAACUGGUUUAGUCCCCAUCCUGUCUGUCUUAGCCCAUUGAAUCUGGAAACUGGAUGUGUAAAGGCUAUUAGUUAUGAGCAUACAGAUGUUUAUGAGGGAACGGAUCAAUCAAUUAGUUUGUCAGGCUCUCCAGGCAUCCUUCGUUUUACAGGAACCAACAUUACUCUUACAUGCCCGGCUACCAGCCGACGAGAGGAUCUUAAGGAUACCAUCAUUUGGUAUAAAAUGGGCAAGCUAUUAAUAUUAGAGGUCAAAUCUCAUACGCCUCACCACUUAGGGAUUCCGCUAUUACUAUAGCCAAGGUUACAGGUGAAGAUUCAGGAAAUUAUUUCUGUAUGAAGCGUUUACUUGGAGGACAAGGGAUACUUAUAGCUGGACGUAAGGUUACUAUGCUUAACAGAAAAUCAAAAAAUCAAUUGCCUCGCCUUACGACCGUUAACUUUCCUGGAUCCAAUUUUGAACAUUGCAAUGCAUCUUGGAAUAAUAACCAAAUAUGGUGUACUAUAGAUUAUACCAAGGUGUCAAUUCUUAUCUCUUCUUUUCCCAUCAUAGAUAGGUUUAUCACAUUUCAAAAGAACUGGGAUAUAUGGAAACUAGCUCUAACUUAUUCCAAUACACCUGUUAUAACUUGUGUUGCUCCUCCAUAUACACGUUUGUGUGGUUCUAUUAACAUUGGUAAUUCUUCCAAAGGAGGAUAUAAUAUUAGCUGUGUUAAUUGUAUUUUUAGCAGUUGUAUGUUCCCUUCUGCAGGAACGCAAUCUGUGCUUAUACUAAAGCAACCCAUGUAUGUUAUGGUGCCUGUACAUCUGAGAGAACCUUGGUAUGAAGAUACUGGAGUACAGGCAUGGGUGGAAGUCUCUAAAGCCUUGCAGAGGAGACGCUUUCUUGGGUGGCUAAUAGUAAGUUUACUUGCGUCGGCUGCUGUGUCUGCUACUGUGGCUACUGCCGGUCUUGCUCUUUCACAGAGUAUUAAUCAUGCUCACUUUGCUAAUCAGUUAUCUCAACAUACCAGUCUUGCUUUAUCUUUACAAAGUCACAUAUAUUUACGGAUUAAUAACAAGUUAGAUGAAUUUAAAAACGCAAUUUUGGGGAUUGGAGAUCAGAUGACAGCAUUAAAAUUGAGGAUGCGUUUAGCUUGUCAUGCAAAGUAUACAUGGAUGUGUGUUACUCCUUAAAAGUACAGUGACUGUAUUUGGGAAUGGGAAAAAGUAAAAAUGCAUCUGCUGAGUGUUUGGUCAGAUAAUAAUAUUAGUCUUGAUCUUAAGAAAUUAAAUGCUGAAAUUCAGGAUAUACAAAAUACACAUCUUGAUGAUGUUUCGCCAGAAGAUGUAAUUCAAACUUUACUGGAUCAUUUAAAGUGGUUAAACCCUCAGUCUUGGAUUACUGGAAGGUUGUCAGGAUUUAUUACCCUGGCCAUAAUUUGCCUAUUAUUGAUAAUAAUCUUCUCAUGUCUGUUUCGUAUCCUCAUGCAACAGUACACUACUCUCGGCACUAAACUUCAUGGAAUUAUUUUGCAGCAAAAGUUAAAAAAUAAAAAAGACCUGUGGGAAGCAGUCAGCCUUGAGAGCAGGUAAGGACAUGCCAGGCAUGCCGCCGCUGCUCGAAGGGACUGUCCCUACUUGUUCCCCUCCUUGUUCCAUUCCAUGGGAGACAAAUCACCAGGGCCCAGAGAUCAGAAAGAAUGUAAAAUGAGACAAGCAAAGCUGUCUUCCCCCUGCACAUGCAGGUUAUUUUUGAUGCUUCUGGGUUUAUGGGUUUCCUCCCAGGGAAGUUAACCUUGAGCCGAGACAGUCUGUAGGUAAUGUAAACCACCAUCUGGCAACCUUCCUUUUUCUAGUCUAGAUAAUCUGCAACUGUAGCGCAGUAAAAUUUGCCUUGCAACCAUCAAUUGUCUUGGUCCUUCUGACCCCAUUCGUCGGUGCUACUUCAGUUCCUUACCCCUUCCCUUCUGACCCUGGGCGGUGAAAUCCUCUUUCUCCGGCUGGUCCGCGGCACACAUGAAUAUAUGUUUUUGUCUUGCUGUACUGCACCUGUGCUGUCUAGUAACAGAUAUUUUGUCUGCUAGUAGUGUUCUAGAUUAUGUCUUUCCAAAGCGCUGAGGCAGUGCACCUGUUCUGUAGUUGCAGCUGAUGCCUGAAUGUAGCCUAGCUGACAAAUUAUUGAUUAAUAAGAACUUGAAUUUCUGAAAGAUUUGUACUGUUAACGAAAAUCUGAGCAAGGAGUCUCAAAUGUAAUUCUUAGCCAGAAUUACAUGUUAAUGAACCAUUUAACAGUGUGAAUCAAGGAACAUCAGUGUAAGGAUUUCUUUUAAUUUAUUUUUUACCUGCUUGAAAUAUCAGUUAAAGUUUGCCAGCUUGGUUGCAGAUGAACGGACGUUGGAAGUUCACCAAACUACUUAAUGUGGGAUAGGAUAAUAGACUUCCAGCGCCCUCAAGGCUGUGACCUUGCAGCCAUUUUACAUAACACAUCCUCCUCCUAUAGGGAUGAACCUUUCCCUGGCCCGAAAAGUAGCAGCUCUGUUGAAGCUUUGCUUAUUGUAACAGGAUUUUGUUUCCAGGUUACAUGUCUGUGGAAGACUUAAUUCUGAAUAGAGAUAUAGAUAUUACUGGAAACUAAUUGUUUUUUCUAUUAUACUCUGAUUUAUCAAAAAAGUAAAACAUUUAAACUGUGCUACAGAAAUUCAGAAGUUGUCUUGCAAUCUUUAAACAAUAAAUGAAUGAGUUGCCCUUAAAAAAAAAAAAAAGGAUUAA